CAAGUUUCUGCUCUGCUUUUCCAAUGUUGUUUGCUGGAUGAAAAGUGAUCAAUAAAUUUUCUGCGACUGCGAUAGCUGGCUGGUUAGCCCUAUAUUGAUCGUGCCCAUCGUGCUCUCCAGAACUACAGUCGUGUUUCGCAAUGGCCACACAGCGAAUGAAGGCGGCCAAGUGCCCAUCUGAUGAGCUGUCCCUGUCAAACUAUGCAAUUGCAAACAGAGAGGACUUCCCUAAAGAUGUCCAACAUGUGGUCAUCACUACAGGACCGGGACAAUCGUUUAUAUUUUCACUCAAAUUUGACAAAGUUGCAAGAGGUACCAUUGGUUUUAAUUUGCCCCAGAGAAAAUGGGCCACCCUUUCGCUCAACCAGGAUAUUGAUGUUAGGCCGCACUACUUUGACCCCAAAUCACCCAAUGAGUUUCUGUCUGGAGUCAUUCUUGAAGUUGAUUUUCUGCAGAAGAAGCAAACUUCGCAAAUGCCAUUCGACUCUGAUGAGAUGGCAAAGGAGUUCAUACUUCAGUUUGCUGGACUCGCCCUUACUGCUGGACAGCAACUAGUUUUUGCGUUCCAUCCAGACAAACCUCUGCUGUCAGUAUUGGUCAAAGGUCUUGAAGCCGUUGACCCCAAUGCAAUGAUGUCAGGAUCUACGGUGAAACCCCAGAAGACAAAAAUGGGAUUGUGUCGCGGCAACACCGCUGUCCAGUUUGAGAAGGCAGAACUGUCUGGGAUUAAUCUCACGGGCAAAGCCAAAGGAGUUCAACCCCGUCAGUCAAUCAUUAACCCUGAUUGGGACUUCCAGAAGAUGGGCAUUGGUGGUCUGGACAAGGAGUUCAAUGCCAUCUUCCGCCGAGCCUUUGCCUCUCGUGUAUUUCCUCCAGAGGUUGUUGAGCAACUUGGUCUUAAGCACGUGAAGGGCAUUCUGCUGUACGGUCCUCCCGGAACUGGCAAGACCUUGAUGGCUCGUCAGAUUGGCAAUAUGCUGAACGCAAGAGAGCCUAAAAUUGUGAACGGUCCCCAGAUUCUCGACAAGUACGUGGGAGAGUCGGAAGCAAACAUCCGACGCUUGUUUGCAGAUGCCGAAGAGGAGGAAAAACGCCUUGGUCCUAACAGUGGUCUGCACAUCAUUAUCUUUGACGAAAUUGAUGCAAUUUGCAAAGCAAGAGGUUCAGUGGCUGGUGCGACUGGCGUCCACGACACGGUGGUCAACCAGCUGCUGGCUAAAAUUGAUGGUGUUGAGCAGCUUAAUAAUAUCCUGGUCAUCGGCAUGACCAACCGCAAAGACAUGAUUGACGAUGCCCUGAUGAGACCAGGUCGUCUGGAGGUGCAGAUGGAGAUCAGUCUGCCGGACGAACAUGGUCGCCACCAGAUCCUCAACAUUCAUACUGCUCGUAUGCGCGAAUUCAAAAAGCUCAAUCAGGAUGUUGACUGCAAAGAACUGGCAACAAAAACAAAGAACUUCAGUGGGGCAGAGUUGGAAGGUCUAGUCAGGGCGGCGCAAUCAACAGCCAUGAACAGGCUUAUCAAGGCUGCCUCCAAAGUUGAGGUUGACCCAUCUGCCAUGGAAAAACUCUUAGUCAACAGGGAAGACUUCUUGCAUGCCUUAGAGCAUGAUAUCAAACCGGCCUUUGGAACAAGUGCUGAGGCUUUGGAGCACUUGUUGGGUCGCGGCGUCAUUAACUGGGGCAAACCCGUUUCAUCCUUGAUGGAGGAUGGACAACUCCUCAUUCAGCAAGCAAAACACACAGAGGGGUCUGGCCUUGUCUCAGUCCUGAUUGAGGGACCUCCAAACUCAGGAAAAACGGCAAUUGCAGCCCAGCUGGCCAAAAUCUCAGACUUCCCCUUUGUCAAGGUGUGCACUCCGGAAGAGAUGGUUGGAUUCACCGAGUCAGCAAAAUGCUUGUCCAUCCGGAAGAUCUUUGAUGAUGCCUAUCGUUCAGUGUUGAGCUGUAUCUUGGUUGACAACAUUGAGCGUCUUCUCGACUAUGGCCCCAUUGGGCCCAGGUACUCUAACCUGACGCUGCAAGCUCUUUUGGUGCUCUUGAAGAAGGAACCACCCAAGGGCCGCAAGCUGCUCAUCAUCUGCACCAGCAGCCGGCGCCAAGUACUCGAGGACAUGGAAAUGCUUUCGGCAUUCACCGCCGUUAUGCAUGUGCCUAACUUGUCUACCUCUGAACACCUGAUGGCUGUUCUGAAGGAUUCCAACGCCUUUUCACCACAUGACUUGGCAAACAUUGCAAAGAAUGUCAAGGGCCACAAGGUGUUCAUCGGAGUAAAGAAGCUGCUGGCUCUCAUCGACAUGGCCAAGCAAACACCAGAAAACAUGCGGGUCGUAAAAUUCCUGACAAAACUGGAGGAGGAGGGAGGUCUGAUCACACCGUCCUCAAUGCAGUGAGCACCACAGCCCCAGAUGGCCUUGGCCAUCUCGAAAAACCAAAACCUUGACUUAUUUUAGAUUGAGUCCUAUAUGAUCUCAAACUAUGCCCAUAGUCUUGAUUUUGAAAGUUAUAAUAGUACUAUUGCCCUAUUCCAAUCUAAAUGGGGUAUAUAUCAUCUAAAGAUUAUUAAAGAAUACGUUCGGAACUCUAGGCAGUACUGCCCACAAUAUCAAUCGUAUCAAUGACGAAGUGAGAUUUUAUGACCCCAUAUAUGACCAGCUCAUAAUGAUUGCUUUCAAAUUCUAAAAGCUUUUAGCUUGAUAAGUUGUGUUCUGUGGGCUUUGAAUCGACUCCUUGAGCCAUCCGAUGAGUGAUGAAAAUAAUGAAAAAUUAGUAGUUUAACCUAAUGAGUCCAAGAAGGUGCACAACAAAAAUUGUACAUAAGAAGCUGUAGGCGUGUUCAAUCCUCUGGCUCAUAUCGAUGCUAUGGAAAUUCUUCUGCCUCAUAUUAAUAAAUUGCGAGCGAGGGUGUAGCUAUGAAGUCAGGACAAGGGGUUUGUAAAUUAUUAGUAUGAUUGAAAGCGUUAAAGUGUGUCUUGUCUAGCAAGUUCAUUCAGAGGAUCUGUAGCAAUAAAAGGGUCAAUUCAAGCCUUCUGUCAAAGUAGCCAAAAUAGAAAAGAAAUAAGCAAAAUAAUGGACGCAAAUUUAAUCACAAAUAAAUUGCUUAUUGAGAAUUUACAUUCCAAUUCCAUUUUAUAAAUAAUGGAAUAUUGUUGAAAACAAAUUAAUGUCUGUUAUGCGCUCUAUCUCUGUCGUUAUGCGUGCAUCAUUAUCCCUGGUGUUACUCUAUGUAUGUAUUCUCGUGACUCUAAACGACUUAAAUAGUAGCUGGACGUACUAUACAAAUACAAGAAAAAAAAAUAUGCUUAAUAGUGAUAAAUUUGGGCAACAUCUAAUUAAUUGACCCCAAAGAGACAUUUUGAUGAACAUAUUUGUAGCUGUUGUCAAUUUUUUUAUUGUUUGCUGAGUUCCAUUGUAUUUUCGUGUAUUUUCCUGUUAAAUAUCUGAAAGUGAACCCAACACAAGUUGUUAC